GACGGCGACGCCUGCGGCCGCCGAGCUCGCCACUCGCGCCGCCGGAGAGCCCGGUGACCUCUCGGCCGCCCCGCCUCGGAGGCUCCGAUGGCUCAGGCGAAGAUCAACGCGAAAGCCAACGAGGGGCGCUUCUGCCGCUCCUCCUCCAUGGCCGACCGCUCCAGCCGCCUGCUGGAGAGCCUCGACCAGCUGGAGCUCAGGGUGGAAGCUCUGAGAGAAGCAGCCACUGCUGUUGAGCAGGAGAAAGAAAUCCUCCUGGAAAUGAUCCACAGUAUCCAGAAUAGCCAGGACAUGAGACAGAUCAGCGACGGAGAGAGAGAAGAAUUAAAUCUGACGGCAAACCGUUUGAUGGGACGAACCCUCACCGUUGAAGUUUCAGUAGAAACCAUUAGAAACCCCCAGCAGCAAGAAUCCCUAAAGCAUGCCACAAGGAUUAUUGACGAGGUGGUCAGUAAGUUUCUGGAUGAUCUGGGAAACGCCAGGAGUCACUUAAUGUCACUCUAUAGUGCAUGUUCAUCUGAGGUGCCCCCUGGGCCAGUUGAUCAGAAGUUUCAAUCCAUCGUAAUUGGCUGUGCUCUUGAAGAUCAGAAGAAAAUUAAGAGAAGAUUGGAGACUCUGCUUAGAAAUAUUGAAAACUCUGACAAGGCCAUCAAGCUGUUAGAGCAUUCUAAAGGAGCUGGUUCCAAAACUCUGCAACCAAAUGCUGAAAGCAGAUUUAAUUAGUUUUCGAAUCUAAGAGCACUUAUAAAUAAUGACGUAAAAAUGAUAAAAUACUAUUUUAAGUGAUAACUAGUUCUUUGUUAGGCAUAACAACUCAUUUGAUACUGACAGUUGUUUCGGAAAAGGAAAAUAUUCCAGUGUCAUCAGUUUUGUGAAUAACAGUUAAAACCAGAAAUAUUUUAAUUAUCUUUCUAGAAUUUUUAGAUUGAAUUCUUGUCUUGUACUAGGAUCUAGCACGUAAUACAUAUAUUUUUU